GCUUAUCAGUCUCUCUCUCUAUAUAAAAUCAUCUCGCGAUCGGCUAGAACUGGUGAAUAUUUCAAUUUGGCGCCAGGAAAACUCUAAUUUAGAACCCUAAUUGAUCCGAUCUAAUGGAAGAUGUUCCAGAUGAAAUAGUCAUGGAGGAGUCCAUUGCAGAUGGUCACAUCUCCCAGCCGGAGCUCAGAAACGGCCGGAGGAGGUUUGUUCAAUCGACGCUUUUUCCGCACAAGCCGCAGGAGGAUGAUACACGGAGAGAAACUGAAGAAUGCGAGGAAAAGAAUGGUAUAGAGGAGGAUUGUCAGUCUAGUCAAGACCAAAAGAGAAGGAGAAAGCCGAGGGCUUGUAAAAAGGUUGGUUCAAGUUGUAUAAAAGGGGAGGACGAUAACUCACUUGCUAUUCUCAAAAAACGAUCUCAGAGAAACAAACAAAUAGACCAGCAGUGCUUAGGUUCUCCUGAAGAAAAUGAGAGAACAUGCUCACCAUCAGAAUCCAAACCAGCCACAAAGAGUCCUUCACAGCGGAAAAGGCGGGUAAAUUGUACGCCUGACAAGCCAGUGAAGAGGAGAACGCCUAAAAAGAAUAGUGUUAGUCCAAUGCCGAAGGAAUCAUACUCCACACAAGUAAAGAGUGACAACAAAAUACGACCAAUUCCAAAUCUCCGUUUAGAGGCAAAAUUUUUGGCUGAGGAAAAUGCCCGUAUAUCUGCAGGAAGACAAAUACAUCCAUUUUUCUCAUCACGACAAACAAUGAAGAAAAGAGACGAGACAACGGAAACGAAGAAUGAACCGUGCAAUAGUGGGGCUAAAACCACUGAGUUCAGCUCCAUUCAUGUGUUCAAAGAUGAUGAUGAUAGUGUUGUUUCCCUUGACUGGGGAAAUUGGGUUUUUUUAGAUAGAAGCUUUAUUAGUAGCAGUUACGAGCUUGAGUAUGAAUCUUCACCAAUUUACCAAAUAUCUAGUGGUACUCUAUCUUUUGAUGGUUUUCCUAGCCUACACCAAAGCAAAACAUCUGUGUCUGUCCAUGAAGCAAUUCAACAUGAAGUUGUCUUGGGUCAAUCUCCUAUUCAGCAAUCAAAUGAAUGGCAGGAUAAAAUGAAAAAUGUCACAGGGGAUGCAUGCCAUGAAAGCAAUUUAAACAGAGUUGUGCAGCUUGAGUUUCUUGAGGAAAGAGCAUCGCCCAACAAUCACACUUGCAACAACUGUCAACAGGAACACAACAUGUGGACUAACAAAUAUCGUCCUGAUAGGGCAACUGAGGUUUGUGGGAAUGAAACUCCCGUUAGGUUCCUGAGUGAUUGGCUACGUCUUUGGCGUGAAAAAGGUUCCAAAUCAUGUAAAGAUCCAACUUUAAGUGAUAAACACAAGAUAGAAAACAUUGGUUAUGCUAGUUACCACAGUGAUACUGAUUAUGAGGAUGAAGAAGAAGACACAAAAUUGGAUAAUGUUCUUCUUGUUACAGGUCCAGUUGGGAGUGGGAAGUCUGCAGCUAUUUAUGCAUGUGCAAAAGAGCACCAGUUUAGAGUUUUGGAGGUUAAUACAUCUGACUGGAGAAAUGGAAGUCUUCUCCUGGAAAGAUUUGGUGAGGGUGUUAAGAAUCAUUCAAUUCAAAGAUAUGCUAUUCCAAAUGGCGAGGUUUCUUCAAGUAAAUCAGCAACUUCCAUAGGUCCCAGUACUGAGAAUGUAUUUGGAUUCUUCUCAGACUCAACUACUAAAACGUUAGCACAAUCUGAGUAUGGAGUGAUUCAAAUGGAAUCCUUCAACGAGGAAAAUCUAGAAAAUACAAGUGAAAUGACAUCUUCAUGUGUCUGGCAAAAUAAGAGAGUCACCGAGGAUCACAAUGAGUUAUGUUUGAUUCUUUUUGAAGAUGUUGACGUCAUUCUUCCUGAAGACCGUGGAUUUGUUGCUUCAAUCCAACAAAUUGCAUCUAAAGGAAAGUGGCCGAUAAUAUUGACCUGCAAUAAUGACCCUGUCCUGCCAACUAAUUUGCGUAGACUUGAGUUAUGUUUUGAGACGCCAUCCUUGCAAGAGGUCCUUUGGCAUAUAAAUAAGGUAUGUUCAACCGAGAAAGCCAUAAUUCAAUCAUCUGUAGCAAAACGAUUUGUUGAUCUUUGUGGAGGAGAUAUUCGUAAAACAAUCAUGCUUAUCCAAUUUUGGUGUCAGGGUCAUAAGGAGGAAAAGAGGCCAGAGAAAGAAGAAUUGGAAAUAUGCAGUCCUCAGCUAUUUGAUCUUGAUGCAGCUCAUCAGAUAUUACCAAAGAUGAUUCCUUGGGGCUUCCCUUCUCAGUUAUCUGAGUUUGUAGAUAAAGAGAUUACAAGUUCCUUAAUGAUUGAUGAUCUCAUGGACAUCCAUUCAUUGGAGAUGGUCAUUGAGGAAGAUUUGCAUCGUAAAACAACUAAUGGCUACUCAGCCAUGCAUCACAUUGAAACAAACAGUAUUGAGGCUAAAAAGGAGGCCAUACUAAGCAGGCAUUGUCUUGUUGAUAGUGAGAAUAUAUUUAUGACUCAAUAUAAUACUGCUUGUGAAUUGCCCCAAUCCUCUGGCUCGCCUAUUGCAUUUACUCGCCGAAACGUUGGAAGAAGAUUGGACACAAUAUUAUUUUCCAGUUCUGAAGAUGAAGAUGAGAAGUUAAAUGAUGGAUUUCUGGAAGAUGAUCAUAAAAUAUCUGGCAGUGCUAAUGAUAACACGCUCCUUGAAGUAGACAGCACAAUAUUUUCUCAUUGUCUGUUAUCCAAUAGACAAAUCAGUUACCCACAAGAGCAGCUUGGUUCUAUAGGGCAUGUGCUGGAGGAAACAUGGUUUGAAGAUAAAACUGUAGAUUCUUCUCGGACCAACAUGGCAUGCAAUAUAGUUGAUAUGUCUUAUGUAUCAGAAUCAUCUUUUGUUGCGGAGACUGAGAUCAAUGUUGAUAUGACAGAAAUAUUUUCUACACCAAAUUAUGCAAACCAAAAUGAGCUGCCAACUGUGUUAAAUGAUCCUCAUGUAGACUCGUUGAUCCCAUUGCUGACCAUCAACUCACAGAUGAUGGAAAUUACUGAAGAUGUACACACAGAAGUGGCUUAUGUUGAAACCGAUCCAAGAAGAUAUCAAGUGAUGGAUGAAUGCAGUCGCAUAUACAAGCCUAAACUUCCCUCCAGUUCUGUUCAAGAAACAUGGAGAAAACUUCGUGAGAGUUCCUCGGAUUUAAAAGAGCGUGCCUCACUAGAGCUGAAUGGUGUUUCCCAUGUCUUAAAACUUGCUUGUGGAGUGAGUAAUAUAGUUUCGGAACUUGAUUUAUUACUUGGAGACUGCCAACAGUUAAAUUGUGACAAUGUAGAACCACAGAUGAUUCAUGAUGACAAAUUGCAUUCACUCUGUUGGUACGAUGAACAGUUGAAGAUGGCUUCGGUAACUGCACAUCAAGGAAUCUCUUUCUACGCAAAAGAAAUAACAUCUGUAGGAGCUCACAUGGGUUCCUUGAGCUUAAAAGAUUUGGCUGCAGACAUGCUAGCAUUCUCUAAUAAGUCAAUGGUGUUAGGGAAGUUGGUUUGUCAAGACACAUCAAAUGAUGGGGCGAUUAGAAGUUCUGUUGAUGAGAUACUGGAAUGUGCUGUAAAUUUAGACAGUGGAUUGGAAUCAAGACUCUGCUCUGUAGUUCAGUCAAUUGUUCCCCCAAGAUCAUAUUUGUCAAUAAGAGGAAAUGCAUUGCACGAGUACCUUGGCUCAUUAGGUCAAAUUUUAAGGUCAGAAAACUCUCGACUGGCUGAAAACUUUGUUCAGCAGACAACGCGACGAAGGUAUCGCAAUCCUCCACAUUACUUGACUAAUGCAAUGAAUUUGUCAUCGGAUUAUAUUUCAUUGAUUGGGCGGCACAGUUGCUUUCAACAUCAAUAAUUGACCUAAUUUCUUGAUGAUUUAGAUGGAGAUUUGAUAGGCAAUUGUUAAUGACUAGAAUAUAUAUAAUAUAUAGUUUACAUUAUUAGAAGAGAAGAAAUUCAGGAUCUUUCAUUGUCUUUAUUGUAGUAUAAAUCUUUUUAUUUUCACUUAGCUUGUGUUCCAUGAAUCUGUACCAUACAUUAGUACAAUAUCUUGUUUCAAGACUUCAUUUGAUUUAUUUAUUAUUCUA